AUUCUCUCUGACAAGCUAACUCCCGACAAAAAAAUUGAAUAUUACAGAAUUAGUAGAAGAAUAAGACAACUUGAAUAAAAAAAAGUUCAUUUUUUUCACCUCAUACCAAAAAAAAAUAGAAAAAAGAAGAGAAACAGAAAGAGGGUUUGCAAAGCAAUCUUCUCUUCUUUGGAUCUCUCAAAUCAUAUUAUAAUUUAUUUAUCUAAUUAGUAUACAAUCUCUAUAUACUUUGGAAAGUACCUUUCUUCUUACCUCCGCAUUCCAAUUCAUUUUUAUCUUCUCUAUAUAUACUUCAUUCCUCCUCUAUCUUUCUUGAGAAUUUAUCUUCAUUUUUCUUUUUUUGGAGAUAUUGAUCAUGAGUAGACUUCGUAUAAAUUCAUCUCCUGAUUUAAUGUUUAAUACAUCUGAACAAUUCCAUGAUGAUUCAGCUUUAGAAGGGGUUGCGGCCAACAUUAAGUUAUUGCUAAAGUUGACUCAAGAGCACAAAGAUUCUUGUAACAAAGAGAAGAAUGAUGGCCGGAGAAUGCUGAGGGUGGCAACCAUGAUGACCAUCCUGGAUAAUGUUAGGACAAGAAUUAAGAAAUGUCAAUCUUUUGGUAACAAGUCAUCAUCAGAAGCUGAAUCUAAUAGUCAUGUACCCAUAGACAAGAAGUACUACGAGCCGAUGAUUGAUGAGAAAGAAAAACUAAGGAAGCAGCUAAACGCAAGCUUGGCAGCACGAAAGAGCCUCGAGGUCAUGUGUUCAAGCUUAGGGAAAGAAAAAGAGAUUAUGGCUGCAGAGCUCUCGAAGAAAGUCCAUGAGUUGAAUGAAAUGGAGGACCUCAUCAAUGAUCUCAAAGAAAAAAAUGAGAAUUUAGUCGGAAGGUUACAUGAACGUGCCACCGAGCAAAAGGAAAGGAGGUAUAGCAGCAGUGGAGGAGAAUCACAAGGAAACAGCGCCCUCCAAGAAAGAAAUAAGGCACUUUCGGAGAACCUCCUAAGGUCAUUGGAUGGCUAUAGGUCCAUUAAGAGGAAAUGGAAGGAUGCACAAGCGGAAAACAUGGCAAUGCAUGCAACCAUGGAAGAAAUGACAGCAAAAAUUGGUGCUGGACUUGCCAGAAUCCAAAGCUUCAAAGAACGAAUUGCCUCUGAAAGUGUGCCCUCGACGGAUAUCAAAGAGGAUAUUGUUGAAUUAGAGCAUAUGUUUGAAUGCUUUGAAAUGCAAGUGGCCAAACAUGGUCCAAAGGAAGGGGAAUGUGUCCAAUCAAAAGUAGAGAUUAGUGCUAGCAAGCCUACAGUGUUUGCAUGAGAACACAGUAACUUAGAAACAAGCAUGACACAAGGAAGAAAAGAUGGUCCUCAAGGUUUUCUUUAGCAUGGUCUUAGGAUCAUGGUGUCCCAUAAAAUCCACUGAAAAUGGUGAAACAAUAGCUCAUUCUUCUCUGUUACGGAGUCAAUGUAAUAAACGAGUCAAGUAUAUGGUAUGUAACAGGAAAAUAACUAGUAAUGUUUUUUAUCCAUCUACAAUUUACAUGUAUCUAAUUUAUCUCGUUUUCAGUUUUA